GGACAAAGUCACAUCCAAUUUCUUAACCUUUGGCCAUUACGUCGACUGCCCAACGUUGAAAAUCUCGAGAUUUUUUUGGCUUCAAACUCUCUCCUGAUAACCCCAUCGCAAAGCUUCCAACAUGCUCAAUAUUAUGUCUUUAAAGAAAAAGAAGGCGGAGGGUGGGGGUGAAGGUGGGCCCAAAAAACCCAAGACGACUGCAGCCCAAAUCCGAUUGCAAAAGGACUUGGGUGAACUGGACAAACUGCCAAGUACAAUGACAAUGUCAUUCCCAGAUCCGAACGAUGUGUUCAACUUUCAGCUAACUAUCCGACCAGACGAAGGAUUCUACAAGGGCGGUAUCUUUCGAUUCACCUUCAAAGUCAACACCAACUACCCACACGAGCCACCAAAGGUCCUAUGCACACAAAAGAUAUAUCAUCCAAAUAUUGACCUGGAGGGAAAUGUUUGUCUCAACAUUUUGCGAGAAGAUUGGAAACCGGUUUUGAACAUCAGCGCAGUGAUGGUGGGAUUGCAGUACCUGUUUUUGGAACCGAAUGCUGAUGACCCGCUCAACAAAGAGGCGGCAGAGGUGCUACGAUCAAACCGACGGCUAUUUGAACAGAAUGUAACGAGGACAAUGCGGGGAGGAAGUGUGGAGGGUGUAAGUUAUGCAGAUGUUACCCGAUGAAAUCACAAGCUGCGAUGUACAUCACAUGCUUAGAAGCUCCUAAUACACAUGGCAUAACCUAUGUAUUUCGACAUGCAUCCGUAUAUACAACUAUCACUGCUCUCUAUGUUCAACCUUCAACCCCAAG